AUGUCGACGGUUGCACCGACGGAUCCCGGGCGAUGGCGACUCGACGUCGACGCAGGUGUUCACCAAUGGCGAUAUCUCGAUGAGGUCGCGUCCACGCGGCGACCGCAGUCCGCGGCUGAGAAAUAUUUUCUUGGACUGCCCACGGGAUUACCGCGGCUUCCCACACCACGCAAUUUCCAAGAAUCCGCUCGCAAUGGAUUCCGGUUCUAUCAGAGUCUCCAGCUGGAUGAUGGUCAUUGGGGCUGUGCGUAUGGUGGUCCUAGCUUCUUGCUGGCUGGCAUAGUGAUCGCUAUGUAUAUUACCGAGACGGAGAUUCCCCCAGAGUGGAAGACCGAGAUUAUAUGCUAUCUGAUGAGCACGGUAAACAAAGAUGGUGGUUGGGGCUUGCAUUCUGCCGGGGCUUCGACAGUUUUUGCAACAACCCUCUACUACAUCACAUUGCGAAUCCUGGGUCUCGAGCCGACGCACCCUUUGGUCACCAAGGCUCGCGCUCGCCUCCAUGCCCUAGCCACAAAACCUCUGAAUCCAUUCCUCACUAGCCUCCGCCGUGAGAUCUAUACGCAAUCGUAUGACGAGAUCGCCUUCGAGCGAUAUCGGAACUUUGUGGCCCCCGUUGACCUCAAAAAGCCAACAACCGCGCUACUUCGUGUCGCCAAUGUAUUCCUACGUUUCUGGGAGCAAUAUAUUCGGCCAGAUUGGAUUGUUCAAUGGGCUAAUAAGCGAGUUUGCGCGUUGAUCCAACGUGAGGAUGAGAAUACCUCCUAUAACUGUUUGGCUCCAGUCAACAAAGCCUUUCACAUGGUGGCUGUGUGGCACUCUGAUGGUGCUAAUAGCGCUCGUAUGACUCGUCACCGCGAGAAGAUAUCCCCUUAUAUGUGGAAGGGAGAAAAUGGGAUGACCUGCAGUGGCACUAAUGGUGUCCAGGCCUGGGACACAGCGUUCAGCAUCCAGGCGAUUGUGGAGGCUGGUCUAGGCACUGAGCUGGAGUUCCGUUCAUCAUUGGAAAACGCCCUUAAAUACCUGGAUAUAUCUCAACUGAGGGAAGACUUGGCUGAUCCCUAUCGCCAGCCGCGGAAGGGUGGCUGGCCAUUCAGCACCAGAGACAAUGGCUAUGUUGUGUCCGAUUGCGCGGCGGAGGGCCUCAAGGCCGUCCUGAUGCUUCAGGAGCAGUGCCACUUUGCCAAACUUAUCUCUGAUGAACGUCUCCAGGAUUGCGUCGACACCCUGUUGCUCAUGCAAAACCCUGGCGGUGGAUUUAGCAGUUAUGAACGCACCCGCGCUAGCAGUCUGCUUGAAUAUCUUAACGCAUCGGAGGUCUUUGACCGUAUCAUGGUUGAGUACUCGUAUCCCGAAUGCACGACGGCGGUCGUGACGGCCCUGGCGCUAUUUCGCCGCCACUUUCCCACCUACCGGUCUGCCGAAAUCGAUAGGGUCGUCCGCCGCGCUAUAAAGUAUAUCAUCAGUGCACAACGGCCCGAUGGGAGCUGGUAUGGGUCUUGGGGAGUGUGCUUCACCUAUGCCUCGCUCUUUGCAAUGCAGAGCCUCGAACUGGUUGGUCAGACAUGGCAGACUAGCGACCCCGUCCGCAAGUGCUGCAAGUUCCUACUCCACACACAGAAAGAGGAUGGAGGCUGGGGUGAGGAUUACACCUCUUGUGAGGUGGAAGAGUAUAUCCAGCAUGAGCAGAGCCAGGUGGUGAAUACAGCCUGGGCGUGCUUGGCAUUGAUGCAUGCACGGUAUCCGUGUAAGGAAGCCAUUGAGAAGGGACUCAAGUUGAUUAUGAGUCGGCAGCAGGCAAAUGGAGAGUGGUACCAGGAGGAUGUGGAGGGGGUUUUUAAUAACACAUGCAUGAUCGGAUAUCCGAACUACAAGUUUUAUUUCACUUCAUGGGCCUUAGGGAGGUAUAAUAAUGUGUAUCUCCCUAUGCUCAAGGAAAUGGACUCUUAUAGCUAG